AUGUCCACAGAAACCAAACCCAUCCGCCAAAACCCCCCUUUCGUUUACGACAUCACUGCCGCCUUCCUCUCCUGGCCCUGUCCCCGCACCACCUGCGUUGUCCCAGGCUUCCUUGAUUCCCGCGUUGACGGCUUCGGCCGCCUAUCGCGCUACUGCCGCCACUGCGACAAAAUCUGGCUCGACCCCUUCUUCUCUGCCACCGGCGAACCCUACACACUCCCGCUUUUUGACGGCAUGAUAAUUAGCGAAUUUCGCCCAUGCUACCAGUCUUGCAUCCACUGCGGCAAGGACAUCUGGGACAUAGAUCGCCCGCUGGUAAUGGAUGAUGCUGAGUUCGAGGAGGUGAAGAAUAGUAUAUCGCCGGCGGGCCACCCAAGCUGUGUGUUCGAAUUGCCAGGCGGGAAGAAGGCGAUAUUGGUGAGGGUGAAGUCAGUAGAUGUCGAGGAUCCGGAAGUGGUUUUGGAGAAGGGGUGGAAGAAGGGGGUGAACAAGCUGUGGAAGGUGGUUUUCAAGGGACGGUACGAAGAGCAGGGCAAGUUAGACGAGCCAAAUGUGCUGGAGAAUUUGGAGAAGUUGAGGUUGGUGGUGUGGAAGCAGGAGCUUUUGACUCUGGAGGGGGUAGACUGGGUGAUUCAGCGACCGCUGGCGGUCACAGAUGAAAUCUCGAAGGAGGUGCUGGAAGGAAAUGUGGAAAAGCUAUGAAAUGGAGUUGUAAUGGUCUUGAUAUUAGUCCGAC